AUGGUCAGCUCUUUCUCCUCUAGGCCCAUCAGUAGCGUUCGCGGUCUUCAGCCACCUUCCCCCCAUCUUUCAGGCGCCAACAACACUCCUGAUUCGAGAAGCAACUCUAGCUUGGUCGACUCUUCGCCUCGCAUUCGCUCCUCCAGCGAGCGUUCCGGCCUCGCUUCGUCUUCCGAAGCCCGUCACAGCUCUCCACCCACCGCUGCCUCCACCCGCUCAUCCGAACACUCGUUUGAUCGUGUCUCCGCUUCGAGCUUGGGCAAACGGUCGAUCACCACCUCGGCCACCUUGCCCAUCUCGUACGACGUCGACCCUCUUCCGUCCAUCAAGACGCUCGACUUGCCCAAAGGAGAGCACCUCUCCGCCCAUCCUGCUUGGACGCCGCGUCAAACCGCCACGAUGAACCCAGCCGAGAAAGCGGAUCUCACCGCUCGCCGUGCUUCCUCACCACCAGCAUCAGCACCGGUGCCACCCUCGCUGCGCCGGCCGACCUCUCCCGCUGGUAGGAUCUCCAAUCACUCCGCAGAGUAUGACUUGCACUCAGAUCGCGGAAGCCCACGUUUGGCUGCUCGUCGACCCGGUCCUCCCCUACCUGCCGCAUCGACUGGCGCUCCUGCCGCCCCACCUACGUAUGCUCGCGAAUACGGCAGCAGCCCAAGGGCAGCAUAUCCGGAGGCUCCGUACCGUGAUCCUCGCGAGCUCUCACCACCAACUGGCUCUUCUGGUCUCAAACGCAAGCUCAGCAUUCCUUCCGAGAUGGGCUCUCGACGUGCCAUGCCAGAACGCAUCGACAGAGGCAGAGAUCCAUGGGCACUCGGCCCGGCAGAGUACGCCUCUCGUUCCGCCAACUACGCCGCCACCACCGCCGAACAAGACUACUACCGCGGCGGCAGAGGUCGAGGCGACACUCCAGAGCGCAAGUACCCCAGCCCAUACUCGCGAGAUCCAGCUUACGCCGGCCGAUACCCGGAUCCUCGUAUGGACGAUCCCCGCUAUUCGCCGCGUCACGCCUAUCCCACGUCGCCAUCAUCAUCGCGAACUGCCUACCGUGCUGCUCCCCACGACCCUACCGUCCCUCCUUAUCCGCGCAGGUCAGAUCGAUACAGCCCGGUACCUUCGUCUCGCUCGCCCUCGUACGCUCAUCGCUCAGCACAUCCGUCUUCGCAAGCUCCACCACCGCCGCACGAUCCCUACGCUCGAGCUGCUCCUCACUCUUCUUACUUGAGACGACCGUCGCCUCCGCCGUACGCUGCCGAUUCACGUCCGGUGCUCCCGCCUCUGUCGUCUCGCAACCCAGCUUCCCGAUAUCCAUCAGCAGCGCCGGCACCAGCAGCUACUUCUCGCGGAUCUCGCUACACGCCACCCUCGGAAGCUGUGCCUCAUCCUGACAGGCUCAGCCCAUCUCCUGAGCCGCACGCCUACUCCGAGCCUUUCUAUCCGGAUCGACGCCUCUUCUUUGCCCGCGAACGCAUCCAGGACCCAGAGAUGGACGAGUACUACCACGGUCCUGCUGGUUCGGCUGGUGCGCCAGUAGGCAAGCCACGCUAUCCUGACCCGUACUACGACCCGUACGGAUCUCCACAUGCAGGUGCCUAUCCUCCGCCAGGUGCUCACGGGAAGCCGACGAAUGGAAUGGCUGGACCCGGACCCGUGGCGCCGUAUGCGAGACCACCUCACGAUCCUCGUAUGCCCUAUCCUGGGCCGUACGGUCACGGCGACUACAUGCCUCACGAUCCUCGUGACAUGCAUCCGCAUGCUGGCAUGCCUCGCAUGGCUCGACCUGCCGGGGUCAUGCCAGUCCCCGCCGCUCACGUUCCUCCUGGACCCUCAGCAGGCAUCGCGCCUCCCCCGCGUCGCCGUGGGAAGCUGCCCAAACCCGUCACCGAUCUGCUGAAAACGUGGCUGCUCGAACACGCGAGCCAUCCCUACCCCACGGAAGAUGAGAAGCGCUCGCUGUGCAGCAUGACCGGUCUCACGCUCUCGCAGGUGUCCAACUGGUUUAUCAAUGCGCGACGUAGGAUCUUGCUGCCGACGGGUGCAAACGGAAGCCCGGGUGGAACCACCGCGGCGCAGGUCAAAGCCGCCUUCAGGGACGACAGUGUCAGUCCUGAGCCGUAA